ACCUGUAACUAUCACCUGCAGAAGGACUACUAAUGUCAUUUGGCUGUCUUACCACCAGAGCAAAAUACUGUGUUGCCAAUAUCCUGGUCAAGGACAACAUUAAAGAGAUUUCUUGUUUACUUUUCUUACAGGUCCAGUAGCAUGCACAGAUCUAACAUUUUAAAGAUCAUUUGGGGGUUUUCACUAGUUGCUAUUCUGUUUCUAAGCUUCAUCGUCCAUCGAAAAUCUUUUCAGCCUUUUAAGAUGCCAUUUGUUCAAGUUACACACUUAGAAAAAAACAUUUCAGCUUUUGAUUAUUUGGACUUAACAGGUCAUAAUUCCAAGGACAUGGAAGUAGACAAGAUUUUAGAAGCAAUUAAUCACACCAUUGCUAAUGCCUCUUUUAAAUGCUUAAAUGACACAACCAGUGGCAAAGACAGUAUAGCAACCAUAUUAGAUUAUAGACAGAAAUAUUGCACUGGAGAUUUCUUAACUGUCCAAGUUGACAUGUUUGAUUACUUUGGGAAAAGGAAGACAUAUGGUGGAGACUUUUUAAGGGCACGAAUAUAUUCCCCUAAAUUAAGAGCUGGAGCUUCUGGAAAGAUUGAAGAUUUUAACAAUGGGACAUACAAAGUCCACUUUACUUUAUCUUGGGAAGGGAAUAUAAGAAUAUCCAUUCUUUUGUUACAUCCAAGCGAAGGAGUGUCAGCCUUAUGGAAGGCAAGGAAUAUGGGAUACAAAAAUAUUAUCUACACUGGCAAAUUUCUCAACGAGACUCAGGAAGUUUUUAGUGAAUGUGGAUUUGACUUGGAUUCUCAAGAAGAGAAAUGUGAACAUGGGGAAUUCUUUUACUGCAUUAAACCCAGAGGCGUUCCUUGUGAGGCUCUAAUCUCAAUGAUGAGCAGAAACCGACCACAUGCAUAUCUCACUACCUUGGAAAAGAAUAUCUUUACCCGAUCAAAUAUUGGUGUAGAAAUUCCCACAAAGAGUGGAGUCAUUCAUGUUGUCAAAUGUCAAAGUAAUCAAACGAAUACUACAGAUGUGAAGCCAAAUUGUGCAAUUGGGAUGUCACCACCAUUUCCCGGUGGCUAUUUCUUAAAUAACUUUUGGCACCCACUCUUCUGCAACCUUUCUUCAUAUGAACCACUGUCUAAAAUCAGCACAUGCCUAUCUGGGAAAAGUAUUUAUCUCAUGGGAGAUUCAACCAUUCGUCAGUGGAUUGAAUACUUUCCAAAAGUUCUCAAAAGCUUACAGUUUUUUGAUCUUCAUGGAAGUGGCUGGCACAAGACAUAUUUAGCUUUGGAUAUGAAAAAUAAUGUAUAUAUCCAGUGGAAAAAGCACGGACACCCAUUUGUGACCCAGAGCUUUUAUACUGUGAAGGACUAUGCAUCUGUUCCUCAAGAAAUUGACCGCCUUCCUGGUGGACCCUACACAAUCAUUGUCAUUGCUCUAGGACAACACUUUAGACCAUUCCCUUUGUCUUUGUUCAUCAAAAGAAUUCUGAAUGUACGCAAGGCUUUAGAACGUCUCUUUCUGCGAAGCCCAGACACUAAGGUCAUCAUAAAAUCAGAAAAUACCAGGGAAAUAAGCACAGAUGUAGAACGAUUCAGUGACUUUCACGGUUACAUUCAGUAUAUUUUGGUGAAGGACAUCUUUAAAGGACUUAAUGUUGGGGUGAUUGAUGCUUGGGACAUGACUACAGCCUUUGGUUCUUUUGUCGUUCAUCCUCCUGAAACUGUCAUUAAGAACCAAAUUAAUAUGUUUUUGUCUUACUUAUGCUAACUGAAAAUUUUAAAAUAGUGAUUAUACACACAAAAGUAGGAUAAAAUGUUACUUUGUUUGAGUUGCU